AUAACCUCUUUUCGGGUUCGAAAUCAAUAAAUUGUUAAUUUCGAUAACACAUUUUCAGUCAUCAUUCUGCUGAAAAUGCAGGAAAAAAAGAAAUUUGUGUUGACUGAAACUUUUGAAAAACUUUCUACUAUCAAGGAAGACGAGUUAAUUACAUGUUUGCCUAGAGAACACUUUGAUAUCCCGUGGGCAAUAUCCAUCAAGAAAUUGGAUGGAAAUUUCUACGUAUACUUGUGUUGUGAAAAAGAGCUUGGAUAUCCCAGUAAUUGGUCAAUCGAGUACAAGUCUACAAUCCAAAUAAUGAAACCAGGAGGAAUGGGUGUUAGCAGAAAUUGUAAAGGGAUUUUCGACAAACCAUACAACAAAGGCUGUAUCAUGAUGAAGUGGAAAAGUUUAGAGAAGAAUUACAUCGCUGACGAUAAAAUUUCUGUGUCAAUUUGUGUGAAGAUAUUAAGAAUAAAAGGGAUUUCCAACCCUCCUUUGUUGCCUGAAAAGAAAUUUGUGUUAACUCACACUAUCAGGAAUGUUUCCAGCAUGGAGGAAGGAAAACUAUACAAGGGAUCGACAGAAGAGCGAUUCCAAAUUCCAUGGGCGAUUUCUUCCCAAAAAGAGAAAGGAUAUCUCAAAGUAUACUUAAGCUGUCUGAAAGAAGUAUCAAACGCCAGUGAAUGGUCAAUUGAUACGGUGUUUGAGACAAAGUUGGUGUCUGGAAAAGGGAAUAACUUCAGUCGAGAAGUGAAGCACAAGUUUGAAAAGCCUGACAGUUGUGGGCCUGAGGACUAUAUUAAGUGGGAAGUGCUGAAAGAAAACCACGCAGUUAAUGAUAGUGUUUGCGUUGAAAUUCAUGUCAGGAUUGUCAAAUAUACUGAUAUUCCCUGUGAAGUGGUGACACCUGUGAAACAAUUUGUCAUAGCUCACACUUUUAAAAAUAUAUCUACUCUGAAUAGCAAGCCGUUUGGCAGAACAGAAGAACGUUUCAACAUUCCAUGGAGACUAUCCAUCCGGCGUGAUGCCAACGGAUUUUUUGGAGCUGGCCUGUACUGUGCGGAACAAGUUUACAAAACUCACAAAUGGACAAUAUCGACGGAUUUCGAAAUAAAGUUGUUAGCUUCUAGCGGGAACUCGUUGGUCAAAACGGGCAAAUUUAUGUUUGAGAAAACAGGAUUCGCCUGGUUUGACCGUUUUCUGACUUGGAAAGACUUAGAGAACGGAUACGUGGUCAAUGAUAGUGUGACUUUGGAGGCGCAUGUCAAGGUUUUGGGCGUUACAGAUUCUCCUCGUCCAAACACUCCAGGUCUCGAGUUUACAUUUUCCUACCUUGUCAAGAAUGUGUCACGCAUCAAAACGGGCUUCACGUAUAACAGCCCGACUAUUGAAAGAUUUGGGAUCCCGUGGAAAAUAGCAGUCAACGAGAAGGACGGAUUUCUUAUUUUAGCACUAAUUUGUGAAGAUAACAAACUUACUUCUGGAAAACGCACAAUAGAAACAAACUUCGAAUUGAGUCUGAAGUCACUGAAUGGGAAAAUCUUCACAAAGUAUGCAGAGAAUGUAUUCGACGUGCAUUAUGUAUACCGUUUCGUGCCUUUCGUAGACUUGAAGGACGUGGAGCUGAUUGAUGGCAGGUUCAUUAUUGAGGCUUUCAUAAAAAUUAUGAAAAUUAAUGAUAAUUAGGCGAUUGAUUGAAAUAAAGUUUUAAAAUUUUGCA